AUGACCGGCCAGCAAUUUCAACAUGCCGCAACGUCCGUGAUCAAUGACAUUGAACAAUACUACUCAACUCUCGCGGACCGGAAAGUCGUGUCUGAAGUAGCACCAGGCUAUCUACAAAAGCUCCUUCCGACGUCUCCUCCGGAACAGGGCGAGUCAUGGCAGGAUAUCGAAAAGGAUAUCGAACGCACCAUCAUGCCCGGCAUCACGCAUUGGCAAAGCCCCAAAUUUAUGGCUUUCUUCGCCGCGAGCAGUACAUAUCCAGGGAUCUUGGGUGAAAUGUGGAGUGCAGCAUUGACAGCUCCGGCAUUCAAUUGGAUCUGUUCGCCAGCCGUGACGGAGCUUGAGACGAUUGUUAUGGACUGGAUGGCACAAACCCUGGCCCUCCCGGACGGCUUCCACUCAAAGGGUACGGGCGGCGGUGUCAUUCAAGGCUCCGCUUCAGAAGCUAUUGUCACAGUCGUGGUCGCCGCACGAGAGCGCUAUGUCCGAAGACAGAUCGCACGCGAGGGUUUGACAGAUCCUGAAGCAAUCGAAGAUCGCUCCGCCGAGCUGCGGUCAAAACUGGUGUGUCUUGCUUCCGAUCAGACGCACUCUUCGACGCAGAAAGCUUCGAACAUCGCGGGUACUCGCUUCCGCAGCAUUCCAACUCGGCACCAGGAUGCAUACGCCCUCAAAGGCCGAGACCUCCGUCAAAAGAUCGAAGAGCUAAAAGCCAAGGGUCUCCACCCUUGCUACCUCACUGCCUCAAUCGGUGCGACUCCGACUUGUGCCGUCGAUGACUUUGAGUCCAUCGCUGAGGUAGCGCGAGAUUAUCCUGAUAUUUGGAUUCAUUGCGAUGCUGCGUGGUCCGGAGCAGCCCUGAUCCUGCCAGAGUACCAACACCUCUCUCGCCAGAUGUCGUUCGUUGACUCGUUCAAUUUCAACAUGCACAAGUGGCUUUUGACAAACUUCGAUGCUUCUUGCUUGUUCAUCCAGAAGCGACGAGAUCUCACUGACACGUUGUCAAUCACACCCGCAUACCUCAAGAACGACUUCACAGACGGCGGCCUAGUGACCGACUACCGCGACUGGCAAAUCCCUCUCGGCCGCCGUUUCCGCGCACUCAAGAUGUGGUUCGUCAUCCGGACCUGGGGCGUGCAAGGUUUGCAAGAGCACAUCCGCCAUCACAUCCGUCUGGGUCACCUGUUCGCUGAGCUCGUAGUCUCACGGAGGGAUCUCUUCAGUAUCCUCGCGCCUCCCGACUUUGCGCUCACUGUACUCACUGUCAACCCAUCAAUGUGGCGGAACCUUCAGCUCUCCCGCACAUCAACUGCGAAUGAUGUGACGAAGGAGGUGUUCACGUUGAUCGACCAGAGGAAAGAGUUCUUUCUGACUUCGACCGUCGUUGGUGGUGUGUAUGCUAUCCGAGUGGUAUCGGCGAACCCACUGGCAGAGGAGAAGUACGUGCGGCAAGUGUUUGAAGAUUUGGUCAUUGCGACUGAGGAGGUGUUGGCGAAGCAUUUGAGCUAA